AUUUUCUUCAUAAAGUUAGGAGCCACCCUUGCCACAAACACAGUGGGAAUUGUCGUCGCGAUCGCUUGUCUGAUCAACUCGGCUGUGUUCUGGGCGAUCCGGAAUGGUUCAAGAUGUUCGAGGAACAGAUUUUAUUACGAUUAUGACUGUAAGUUCAUGAAUAUUACUAUACCACGCUACACCUGUUAACUGGGAGAAUUCUGAACCAUACGUACCCAAGUGUGCGCAUGCAGUUCCACAGUGUAACAGAAAGUAACUAAACGUUUACAUUAACAUCACGUCCAGUAUUGCACAACAAUAAAUUCAGACAAGCUUCAAGUACGAAGCAGACAUAACAUCAUUACUCGAACCAGAUCGCAUAAAACCUCUCGCCACGUAUACUGAGUUCUCUUUGGCGCAGUUGCGUGCAUGGUUAGCGACCGCUUAUCCUGAGGUGUGGUGGGGUAUGGGAGUGUGGGAAGGUGUAACACCCCAAAGAAAAGUAAAAAAGGGGGCUAACUAGCCUAGAGGGGCCCCCGAAAUGUUGGAAUGCGGAACGUGUUAAAUAUUAUUAAGGAAAUAAAAAAUUCGAAACCUCUUCUCCCCAUCCCCCCUCCCCCCCCCCCCCCCCCCCCCCCGUUGCCAACGUUUUCCGAAAAAAAUUUGGCUUUCCGAAAAAUUUUUUUAUUUGGAGGGGGGGCCUGGAAAGAAAGUAAAGAAACUAGAUAGAAAGUAACUCAGUCAGUAGCUUACCGAUCCGUGUUUUGGUAUAAACCUAUAGACAAAAACACUUUUAUUCAAACAAAUAUAGUUAUUAUAAAUUCCUGCAACUUCUAAUUGACUUGUAUGUAUAGUUCAACACUGCUGUAUGCACAGCAAAAAUACCUGAAAAAUACAUUUCAUUCUCUUUGGUAUCAGAUACAGACAAUGGACUAACUUGCUCAGACUUGAACUCCGUGCGUUCGCUCCAUGGAACAAAUACGAUUGUUUUUGCAAUCUUUAUUAUCAUCAGUUUUGCUGGAUCCAUUUAUGGAUGUGUCAGUACUUGCUGCACAGCACAGGUAAAUAUAUCUUUUUCUUGAUAUUUCAAUGCCAUAUAAAGAUGAGUUAAACUCAAAAGUAUCCCUAUAGUAAGUCUUCUAAAAGAAUUAAUAUCAAGAGAAUAGUCUAUACAAACCCUGUCUGAAUCUUCUUGAUAAUUUUGUGGAUGCCGUUUGAGAACUUGCAAAGCCGGUUUUAUAUUUUGUGACGUGUUUUAAACUUCCGCGGGUUUGUCAUACUACCAAAAUAGCUCUUUUCAGAUCUGUUUGGCAGCCUUGUGUAAAGUAUUAAAAAUAAGCAGCCUAAACAUGUAGAUUAUUUAUUGGAAACCGAUGUAGAUUAUUCUUGCAAUGUACAGCUAUUGUAGAGUUACAUAGCAAAUUAAAGCAACCUUAAUUGUUAAAUUUGUAUAAACUAAGUCAAAAGUAAAAUAAUAAUAUCUAUAUCUAUAUGCCAACGGAGCCAGUAUGGUUGUCCUUAUUAAAGGACAACGGGAAAAUAUUCACAAAAUAAAUCAUAUUAAUAACUAUUAAAGUCAAAGAAUAACCAAAAUUUAAAACCUUGAACGAUCAUAAGCAAGUGAGCAACACUUUAUAUUUUACAAAUAUUACAGUGAACAUGCACUUAAGGGAAGCCUCGCAUAUCGAUUUUGUCCACGAGAAACGUCAUAUGUUCGUUUCUCUGGAAACCCCCACACCUACACCACCCCCUUAAAAACGUUACACAUAGUUAUCGAUAUUUUGUUCUUUAAUAUAGUACACAUAAGGUAAUUUUCUACUAUUGAAUUUGACUGGUCUUCGAGACAGUUGAAUUUAAAUUACUUUAAGGAGUCUUUUCCCAGGCGCACAAGAUUCAAUGGUAGUCCUUCGACUAUGGUUUAAGCCAGUUUUCCAUUUUAAAAUAUUGACAGUUUUUAUAGCUAAGCGCAUUUUUCUUGAAAUUUGAGUGUUUUCAAUGCAAGGAAGGCGUAAUAAUAUAAAUGUAUAGAACAGGUAUGAUAUUACAAAUGUAUAGACUGGUGUUUGUAUCAAGUUGUUUUCUUUUUUAUAUUCUGCAAAGAUGAUUCCGAAAUGUUAUAGGCUUUCGAAAAAUCUAUCGAAUUUUUCCAUGAUGUUUUGCAGAGAUACGUUACAGCUGUAAACCCCCACCCCAAACGAACAUAUGACGUUUCUCGUGGACAAAAUCGAUAUGUGAGGCUUCCCUAAGUCGUGCAAGCCGUCAAUGGUCAACUGAAGUCAUGUCGCAAUGGCAGCUCUUCUCCAGCGCAGAAAACCUUUUCAAGUUCGCAGCAGCGGCGUGCUGGCAGUGGGGGCCGGGGGGCACGCCCCCCCCAGCUGGCAAUUCUUGCAGGGCGCAAAAAUUAAAAGGGGGCGCCGAUCUCGCGCCGAGUUUUGAAAGUGGGUGGGAAAAAACGCAUUCAAAAAAAUAUAGUUACUUCCGCCGAGAAAAGAUGUGUUUAUAGGCUUAUAAACAGACUAAGCGCAUAGGCGACAAAGUGAUAUAUAGAGUAUUUUGUCUAACCGUAUUUGCUAAUUUGCUACCUCACGGCUCACACACACGAAAUCGUUCAUAUAGAAAUAUGAACUGUGAUCACACGCAAUGUCUCAUCACCUGAAUAUUGGUCAGGUUUCGAAGCGAUCACGGGAAUCAUGCUCUUUUUUGCUGGUAUUAUGCCCCUUAUUAUGCUUCACGAAUCACAAGAGCGGCGCAAAAUAGAUAGUUUAAGCUAUGAUAAUGUAAAGUUGUGUACGUAAUUUAGUUGUUUGCGCUAGAAUCAUCAUGAGUAAUGUGAGUAAUGAAAUGAUGCUGAAACGCGCCCUUUUGGCAGCCAGGCAGGGAAACCUUAAAAUGCGUGGGGUCCGUGUGUUAUUGUAUAAAAGAGCUGUAUGUUGUAAUUGUAAUUGUAUGUUGUAGCUGUAUGUCGUAAUUGGGAUUAGAUUAAUCGCUGGAAGUUGUUGGCAUUGCAUAAUAUAAGUACUAUACUACUACUAAAUUCAAACCAAAUUGCAAAUUUCGACACGUUAUAAUGCCGUUUCCUGACCAUCAGAUUUCUGUCAAAUCUUUCCCCAAAGUCCAGGAAAUGGCAUUUCAGGGACUCUAAAUUCAAAAAUUUUCCUGGGGGGCAUGCCCCCGGACCCCCUAGACAAACUUCGCACCUGGGGCGCUCGGCUCGUGCUUUCGGCCCUCGUUUAUCAAGCGAAACAUUAUAGGGGCGCAUAUUUGUUGACAGCCCACUGCCCCCCCCCAGAAAAAUAGUACCCAGCACGCCACUGGUUCGCAGCGGAACAAACUAAGGCGAAAGAUACGAGAACGAAUAAGGCGAAAGAUACGAGAACCUCUGGCAACCAGAGUACCUUUGCAUGAGAAUUAGGUGCAAGACUGCAUUGAAAAUAGAUCCCAUUUGCAUGUAAAAUUCUUCAAAUUAAUUUUGAUUUAAAAAAUAGUAAAUUAUUGUCGAUAGAUGUUGUUUUAAGCUUAUAUUUUGGCAAUACACAUUAGUGAUUAAUUAUAUAAUUUUUUUUGGUUAUAUAUAUAUAUAUAUAUAUAUAUAUAUAUAUAUAUAUAUAUAUAUAUAUAUAUAUAUAUAUAUAUAUAUAUAUAUAUAUAUAUAUAUAUAUAUUUAAGAUGUAGAAAGGUUGACGCUGGUUAGAUAAAAACGUUAAAAACUACGUUUAUUUAAAAAGAUGUUAAGACGUUUCGACCAGUAACUUAGGUCUUCGUCAGUUAAAAAGUUAACUAGGUUCAAAACUGAACAAUAUAUAUAGGUUCAGAGUUAAUUAGCAAAUAAGUGUUUUAUACACAUCCGGUAUUUCGACAUGGUCGUUUCCUGCGUUAUGAUCCUUGAGGGAAUACCAAGCCUCUAAGAACAGACCAAUUGAAAAUAAGAACAGACCAAUUCCCCAAGCCCAAAGACAAGUUACCACCCGAGCAGACAAGCGGAGUCAUUUAUAAAAUCUGUUGCUGCGAUUGUGACUUUGCAUAUUACGGCCAAACAGAUAGAGCAUUAAAAACUAGAAUAAAAGAACACGAACGAGCUGUUUCGCAAUUUGAUCCAUAUUCAAAAAUCGCUAAGCAUGCUGAACAAUACGAUCACCGAAUUGACUUCAGUAAUGCCACCAUUGUCAACAAAACAAAAAACUACCGCGAACGUCUGUUCUUAGAGGCUUGGUAUUCCCUCAAGGAUCAUAACGCAGGAAACGACCAUGUCGAAAUACCGGAUGUGUAUAAAACAAUUAACUCUGAACCUGUAUAUAUUGUUCAGUUUUGAACCUAGUUAACUUUUUAACUGACGAAGACCUAAGUUACUGGUCGAAACGUCUUAACAUCUUUUUAAAUAAACGUAGUUUUUAACGUUUUUAUCUAACCAGCGUCAACCUUUCUACAUCUUAAUAAUAUGUCUAAUCCUGGUUACAAUUUUAACAUUUUUAAUAUAUAUAUAUAUAUAUAUAUAUAUAUAUAUAUAUAUAUAUAAAUAUAUAUAUAUAUAUAUAUAUAUAUAUAUAUAUAUAUAUAUAUAUAUAUAUAUAUAUAUAUAUAUAUAUAUAUAUAUAUAUAUACCGGGUGGCGCAAAAAAAAGUUAACCUGUUUGAUUGUUUGAUUUGUUUUAACUUAAAAGCUAAAAGAGCUAUUACACGCGAACCACGUGCACUGCAUUCAAUAUUGUCUAACUUAAAUUUUGACAUACGCCCUGUGCAUUUCCGUGCAAUAUUGAUGGAGAGAGCUGCGUUUAAACUUGAGUAACCAUUUUUGAAAGGGUCAAGAAUUAGCCAAAAACGGCCUAUUAAAUAUUUAAUACAAGCAAUAACCUGUGCUUAGACGCACUAUAGUCAGAAAGUACACGUUCGUUGUCAAAGACCUGCCCAACGCCGCCGAUAUAACCUCAUGAGCAUUAUUUGCCCUUGCAUAUUCUAAACAUAUCGAAACUCUUUGGUCAUUCGUUAAGCGAGGCGUAUUUAUAAAAAAACACUUGACGUUUCUUUCUUGGAACAUUAAAAUUUGAUUCCCCAGGGUCAUUGAAUAUUUAGAAUAUAUCUUUCAAUCAAAAUCGCUUCAUAAUUUAAUUUUCAUGCAUUCCCAAAGACCUUAAGCAAAAAUAAAAGGGCACAUCCAUCCAAUAAACAUUGUUAAUUUAAACUUCACUUCAUUGAAACGAAUAUUUACGAUAGAAUGGUAACGAUUAUCAAAUUAGUUUAACGGCCGUUUUUCGCUAAUUCUCGACACUUUCCAAAAUGUUUAUUCAAGUUUAAACGCAGCUCUCUCGGUCAAUAUUUCACGAAAUUACACAGGGCGUAUAUCAAAAUUUAAGUCAGACAAUACUGAAUGCAAUGCACGUAGUUUAGGUGUAAUAGCUCUUUUAGUUUUUAAGUUAAAAUAAAUCAAACAGGUUAACUUUUUUUUCCGCCACCCGGUAUAUAUAGGUCCUUCCUGCGGCGCCGUGCGUCCACUGUGCGUCUGCGGGCGCUUGCAUGCCGGUGCGUCCACGUGCGCGCGCCGCAUGCGACCGCUUUGCGUCUGCGGGCGAGGACGCAUCUGAGAAAGAGUUCUAUUCGUAGAUCGUCGGAAAUUAUCGCGUUUCGUUUUUCAUAUACAAAUCGUGGGAAACCUCGGAAAAUGUUUCAUGCUAGCGAUUUCACACCACGUUUUUCUACACAAGCGCUGCGGACCUAUAUUUUUAUAUUUCUAAUAUAAUUAAACUUACCGAAAAGUUUCACGGUAAGUUUAAUAUUAGAAAUAUAAUUUUUUCUAUGCUUCGUAAAGUUCCUUUUCGUAGUCGACCUCUACUUUCGCACCUUCGGAUGGAUAACGUUUGGUUUGAACCCAGUAUUCUUUUAAAGUUAUCGGUUGGCAAAAUGCAAGUGGUUUAUCUUCGAAAAAACCAACAAACGUUUUGGUUGACGAGUAAGCUCAUUUUAUUAGUCUGAUAGUGAUACGGAUCGAGUGAUAUUAGUCUGAGCUCUUCACUUCGGCUUUAGCGAAUAUCAAAUGUGUUAGCAGUCUUCUUUUUAUUACAAUAUAAUUUAAUAUUUAAUUGCAUUCUAUUGAAUUUAGAAAUUCAAGAUUUUCCGGGGGAGAGGUGCCCCCGAACCUCCCUAGAUUCCUCGCACCUUUGGCGUCCCUAUUGCAAAAGCAAAAAACUCCCCUCUUCCCAAAGGCUAGCCUCUGGUUACGCCACUGCAUUGGGCCAUUAAACGUCGCAGUCUGGUCGCAUAAAAAGUCAAAGAAAGCUUUUUUUAUUAUUUGCAUAAAUUUGAAAUAAGAUCGGAAUAACCAGUGUAAACGUUGUUCUUCAUCAUUUGAGCUACUCCUUUUCAUAAACACUUUAAUACAUCCACGCAGUAUAGUAUUUGCUUAAUAGCAUUAAGUUUUAUUUUAGAAUAACUUAAUCGAUAAAUCAUUACGAUAAAUCAUCAGAUACGGGUUAGAAAUGGGGUUGUAGAAUUAGGACAUGAUUAGUUUUAGAAUUCGGUUUGCAAAUAUUAUUUAGAUGUAAUUAAAGAUUGUUCUCACUCUACGUCAUUGCUGCCACAUGUUGAAUAAGUUUGAAAAAGUAAAGGAUUUUCUAAAUUUUUUCCAAUACCUCUCUGUUCUGUUAAAUCCUUGAGAUUGCAUGAUUGCAACCCAUUGCUUGACCCGUGUUUUUCGAUUCUAGUUGUACCUAUUCAAUUAACAUUAUAUUUCUAGCUCUACACUGCACUUGUAUCCAGUGAGUCAGGUCAAGCCCAGGUUUUGGUAAUGACCACAGCAAAUGAACCACCACAACAACUAACACGAGCCUGCAGUCAUCCACCACCAUAUCUGCAGCCUGGUAAUUCGAAUUCUGGCCAUGAAGGCCGUGGAGAGAACAAUCAAGCCAGAAGCAACAAUUGGAAUGGGCAUCUGGGGGAAGAACUUGUAAAUGUCUGAAAUGUGCAGUCUCUAAUAGAAUGUGUAACAGAAAUUCUGGAAAAAUUAACCGUAGCCGUUCCUUAAUCAUAGACAUCUUGUAGAGACACAGCAUAUAUAAAAAUGUAUAAUCAUUGGUAUAGACACUUGUAGUGAGCAUGUCUCAAAACUUGUUAAAAUGGUGUCAUAAAUGGUGCACUACAAUUUGGAGAAAUUAACUGUAACCAUUAAUUAAUUAAAGGCAUGCAUUAAUUAGAGAUGUUAUUUCCAGAGAAAUAAACCAUAUAGCAAUUCCAUAAUUAAAGCCAUUUCGUAGAAAUACGGUACAUAAAAAUGCAUAAUCAUAUAGCUUAGUGGUUUUGACAUACACUUAUACUGGUUAGUAUAUCUCAAAAGUCAAAAUGUUGUCAUAAUAAUAUGGUGCGCAGUUUUGGAGAAAUUAACUGUAACCAUUAUAAUUAAUGAAAGACAUUAAUUAGACAACUUAAUUCUGUAGAAUUUAACUGUAACCAUUCUUAUAUUAAAUUUAGACCUUUUGUAGUUUUGUGGAAAUACUGCAGUAUCAGUAUAAAAAUGACUGUG